AUGAAAAUUCAGUGGAAGUUAAAUCCACCAACAGCAGCAUGGUGGGGCGGCUGGUGGGAGAGACUGGUUCAGAUGAUCAAGAAAUUAUUGAGAAGAGUCCUGGGAAAAGCAUUACUUUCAUAUGAAGAAAUGUUAACUAUCCUAUCUGAUGCAGAAGCAAAUAUCAACUCCAGACCAUUAACAUACGAGUCAGAAAAUUCCACCGAUUUAUGUGCACUCACUCCAUCUAUGUUUAUUCAGGAUGUGCGAACUGAAGGUGUUCCGGAUCUGGACAGUUUGGAUAAAAUCAACUUAUCGAAAAGAUGGCGAUACCACCAAAAGUUACGUGUGAAAUUUCGUAAAAGAUUUAGAGAUGAAUAUCUUGGUAUGUUAAUACAUCGACCAAAGACUGUACCUUCGCGAACCAUCAAGAAAGGUGAUUUAGUGUUUGUAGAGGACGAUAAAAGGAAAAGAACAGACUGGCCUAUGGGUCGUGUGAUCGAAACAUACCCAGGAAAAGACAACAACAUCAGAGUGGUGAAAGUAAAAACAUCUAAUGGUGAACUGUUAAGACCAGUUCAAAGAGUAUUUCCAAUGGAGGUAGACAAUAAAGAAUCUAUCUUCGAGCUUAAAACUACUGAAUCAUCCAAAUCUUCGAGAAAUACUAGUAAAAUGAAUGAUUUAGUAUUAUCUGUGAAUUUGAAAAUUCUGAUAAAAACAAUUCAGUUUAGUAGAUAUGGCAGAAAAAUUGUGAAACCAAAGAACUUUAAUUAG